AUGCUCACCUUCAAACGUGCCCUCGUGGCCGCGGCAUUCUUCAUCACCCUACUAUAUAUCACGACGCGAUCUACGUCCCCAGCGGCCGCGUUAUCACCGGUUGAUAUCCCGAAAGUCGAAGUCGGCUCGGAGUCAAGGCAGACGUCACAGACAACGGGCUCGUCAGAUGAAAAAACAUCUAAUAGCAAUGCGGUACACGCGGGUGCGAAUCGCAACAGACCCCUCCAACAAGGGCAGCAGCCGAUGCGGGACAUGUCCAAAAUGACGCUCUCGGAGAAGCUGGCAUACCAAUUCCCUUACGACGUCGAGAUGAAGUUCCCCGCGUACAUCUGGCAGACAUGGAAAUGGACGCCUGCACACGGCGAGUUCCAAUUCCGCGAGCAGGAGGCAACAUGGACGGAACAACAUCCUGGCUUUAUCCACGAAGUCAUCACCGAUCAGGUCGCCGUAAACCUGCUCCGACUGCUCUACGCGUCCGUUCCCGAAGUUCUCGAAGCAUAUCAUGCCCUUCCCCUUCCCGUCCUCAAAGCGGACUUCUUCCGGUACCUGAUCCUGCUGGCAAGGGGCGGCAUCUACUCGGACAUUGAUACCUACGCAAUCCGUAGCGCGCUGGAGUGGAUUCCGGAGUCGGUCCCGCGCAACACAGUCGGACUCGUGAUCGGUAUCGAGGCGGACCCGGACCGGCCGGACUGGAAGGAGUGGUACAGCCGACGCAUCCAGUUCUGCCAGUGGACGAUCCAGAGCAAGCCUGGACAUCCGGUCCUGCGGGAGAUCGUUACUCGGAUUACCGAUCAGACGCUGCGGCGCAAGCGCGCGGGAUCACUGAAGGACAUUAUCGACAAAAACGUAAUCGAGUUUACGGGGCCGGCGCUCUGGACAGAUGUCAUAUUCGAGUACUUCAACGAUCCCCGAUACUUUGACAUGGCUCAGUCUCCUGGACCGAUCGACUGGCACAACUUCACGGGCAUGGAGAUGACGAAGAAGGUUGGGGAUGUGAUUGUCUUGCCGAUUACAAGCUUCUCCCCGGGGGUGCAGCAGAUGGGCGCGAAGGACUAUGACGAUCCCAUGGCGUUUGUGAAGCAUGAUUUUGAGGGGACAUGGAAACCCGAAAGCGAGCGACAUAUCGGCGAAUAA